CUCACUUACAUGCCUUCGGACUUGGUACAUCAUUGAGGGGAGAUUGGUCGGAUAAUGAUACAUUCCGAAGAGCUUGGUCACUUUUGUUUCCAAUGAGAUCUUAAAUAAGAAAGCUUCAUCUACCCCUAGGCUUCCCGUCAACUGCAGAUGAAGAUUGGAUACUACAAUGGAAGCUCAACCAGAUCCCAACAGUCAACUUGAUGCCCCUGUACCUGAAAUUAAGGACGAUGGACAGGAACAAGAGAAUACAACUAGCGAUGCCGGCCAAUCACUCACAACUAUUCAGAACAAAGAGACGGAUGCUCGGGUAGCCGAGAAAGAAGCAUCGAUUCGCCAAGCCUGUGACUUGCGCGAUUUCGAUGCACUGGUCGCGCAUGCCACUUCGGAGGGGGGUUUUCUUCGCGAUGAUAUCCGAAGAAUAGCCUGGCCGAUGCUUCUUCAGAGUGACCGGGACCCGGAUUUUGCCGCAUGGGACGACUUACCACCACAUGCCGACGAGGACCAAAUUCAGCUUGAUGUCAAUCGUUCUUUCGUCUACUAUCCCGACUGCUCCGAUACUGAGCUUUCGUUGAAGAAGAAUGAGCUUUCAGAUCUCAUCAAUCAAGUACUACGAAACUACCCGAUGCUUUGCUAUUUUCAAGGGUACCAUGAUAUUGUUCAAGUUCUCCUCUUGGUUUUAGGGGGUCAAAGGGCUGCACCGGCGGUCACCCGGCUAUCUCUCCUUCGUAUCCGGGAUUACAUGCUACCAUCCCUGUCCCCGACGCUAAAGCAUCUGCAGCUUAUUCCCGAUAUUAUUGAGAAGGCCGAUCCGGAUCUUCGGUUGCAUCUUGCAGGCAUCAAGCCUUUUUUUGCACUUGCGGCUACCCUCACCUUGUAUGCUCACGACAUCCAAGAAUAUAGCGAUAUCGCUCGCCUCUUCGACUUCUUGCUGGCCAAGGAGCCCAUUGUGUCUAUCUACUUGUUCGCCGCGAUUAUCCUUUCUCGGAAGAAAGAACUGCUAGAGAUUCCCGAAGACGAGCCGGAGAUGCUCCAUUUCACUCUCUCAAAGCUUCCAUGUCCCCUUGAUCUCGAAGGCUUGAUAUCUCGCGCCGUACAGCUUUUUGAUGACUAUCCGCCGGAGUGUCUGUCAUCUAGUGCAUGGAGAAAACUAUCCAAGUCCAGUGUCCUAAAAACCUCAAGAGACCUCAUCACAAAUCAAACGACGGACGAAGCGGUAAGUUUGUUCCAGCAACAAGUGCGAGAUCUACGCAACGAGGAGCGACGCGAGAAAGUCAUUGGCUUUGUAUGGUAUCACCGAAGAACAAUCGGCUCUGUGGCUGUCGCUAUCUUCAUUGGUGCCAUGUCUAUUUGGAUCAGAAAGAAGGGGCUGGACACUCCGAUUUGGUCAUAUCUCGCUCGUUUUAAGGCCGCAUUUCAGGCACGAGGCUAUCUUUGAAUUUACCUUGUUCAUCAUAGUGUAUUCACAAAAAUUUUGGCGUUUGGUUCACUUUCAUGUAUUUAUAAGCAAAGGAAAAGGGCACCGCGUGCUAAUGGAUGGGGGUAGAUGAUGG